CCAGCGCCAUUUUUGAAAAGUUUCAGAAUUAAGAAUGGAGGCAACCAGUGUGUUUUGUCAGCUCCGGAACCUUGCCAGGCGCCUUGACCAGGGUGUGGUUGACAUACAGAAGAAAGUGACUGAUCCAGGAAAACAUUCGGACAGAGACAGUAGCUACGCACAUGCAUACAAGCAUCUUCAGGAUGUGAAGAAGGAUGUCCAUGCUCUGAAGGAAGAGGCCCAGGAUAAGCUGGCUAGUCAGCAGAUCAGUACAUACAGGCUGCAGCAGGUGCUGGACCUCCUUCCUCGGCUCAUUGAAUCACAGAGGCGCACUCUCACAGGAACUGAGGACUACCUGGAACAGUACGGCUAUGUGAAGCAAGUUAAGAAGACAAUACCAACAGACGCGGUUUUGAAACCAGAAGUGACGACAGUCGUUGUCCAUGACAACAGUGAUGGAGAAGGUGAUGACAGCAACAAGGAAGAACCUGAAACUGUCAAUGAUGAAGCCACGCAUGAGACUGCUACCCCACCUACACGGACGAAGCCAAGUGAAUGUAAGACUCCACGCCUGGAGGACUUCGGACUCAGUGACUUCACACUCAAUAUUCUACAGAAAGGCAGGAGCUAUGCCCCCACACAGCAUGUCCCACAACCCAGUUCACUGUAUGCACCACACCAAGGUCUGUCUGAAGACUCUCCAACUCCAGCUCUCUUCAAACACAAUGGUUUAUUGGUGACUCCGAGCCUCAUGGGUGGCCGAUAUAUUCCCCAGCAGACACCGGACUGUAACAGAAUGGGUUAUCACCUACCACAGCCCAUGUUCACAGAGGAUAGCCCUGCCCCCUUCGUGACCCCUGCAGACAAGGGGGGAUGGAGACGACUGGAUGUGCGACCCAACUAUGACACCAAGGGGAGUCCUGUUCCGCCCGUGCUGAACACCCCUGGGGCCAAACAGAUCAACAAACAGCUGUAUAGAGAGAAUGUCAAAAAACCUGCCUUCACAGAGGACAAAGACAGCCCCAUUCCUCCUCUUCUGAUGACGCCAGGGAUGAAGCAGAUCAGUAAAACCAUCACUGCCCCUAAGGUCAGCACCCUCAGCAGCAAGCCAGACAAUGACAGUCCCAUGGUGCCAGUGCUGAUGACCCCGGGGGUCAAGCAGAUCCAGAAGUCUGUCACUGACAUGAAGGCCCCAUCUGUCCCGGUGCCAGCUUCUUCCUGGGACAAGGAGCCGGAGAUGCCAGAGUUCACGCUCAGUCUUCAGGACAUUACCCAACUGACGCAAUCAUUUCGAUUCAACAACUCGACCAGCUCCAUAAACCCCCCUGAAGCUCCAGUACUUCUUGGCAAGCAGAUAAAAGACCGAGACACGCCUCCCCUGCCGGAACUGCUUUCCACCAGACUGGCCAACCUAGGCACCAUGCCAGGAACGUCAACUGUCUCCUCUGCUGCCAACACAAAGGCUGGGGAUGAUACCAUGUCAGCAAGAAUUCUAAAAGCUACACAGUGUGACACACCUCCGCCUCCGAUUCUAUUUGGCAAAUAUAACUUCACAUCUAAAUACGAACAUCGAGAAAAUAUUCCUCCCCAAUAAGAAACCUGAUAUUUCCAUUUUAGGUUGGCAAAGGAUCCAGGGCUACACUGUAGAUACCGCUAUGUGGCUUUUAGCACGAUUUGUUGACUCUUCACCCAAGUGCCCAUUGGCUGGAAAUUCAUUUAAGUCCCUAUAUUCUGUACAUCAGUUCAGUUAAGUAUUUAAGGUGAACCAAAUAUUGUAUUGGGUAUUAUGUUGAAGCAAAUGAAGUAAGUCUAUUUAAUUAACUGCUUCUCAGAACAUAUACUGUAGUAGUUAAUACAUGUUAUAUGAACUACUCUUGUCAUUAGUUGAAUGUAACCAAUGUUGGUCUUACAUUAGAAAGGCAAGAGAUUACAUUAGAAAGGAAACAGUUUGUUUUAAAAUGGAAAUACGUGUAUGUAUUUUUGAGACUGCACUUUCAAGACUGUUAAGCUACACAUAUAAUUGCCAAGCAGGAAUGGAGGAGUCAAAAAUAACACUUUGUUUCAUCUUUAUUACAAUAUAAACAUUGUACAACAAUU